CAGCCUGCCAAGUAGCUGGGACUACAGGUGCAGGCCAGCACGUCUGGCUAUUUUUUUCUACUUUCUGUCUCCUUCUUUAGUUUAGCCUUAAUCAGAUGAGCCAUGUUUUGACUGCUAUUUACUUAAGAGACAUCCUGUUUUUCAAGGAUGUUUGAAGCUAGCUGGGGCUAUGCAUCUGUGUUGAUUGCACUGGUUUACCUCUCAGAAGGUCAUAUGAUACCACACCGUUUCCAGUUCCUUAUCUCUCCUAGCUACCCCUGUCAGGUUGGGCUGGGGGUAGGGGGGUGGGUCUCCCUUAAAUAUAGGUCAGAGAGCCAGUAAGUGGCAGGGUCUGACCUAGGACUGUGGGAAUUCUAAGCCCAGCUCUUUCUACUAUGCUGAAUCCAUAAGUUGGGGAGGCUUUUCAUUACUAAAUGGGUGUGAAUUGCCAUUCAAUAUCACCAGCCAGAGCGGACUUUUCCCACAUUUUUUACAUAAUCACCCACAAACCAUGACUGCUCAUUUCCACUGGCCUCCCCCAGGGCCAGCCCCUCCACCCCUGUUUCCCUGCCCCUGUCCAAGCCCAGCCCACCCCUCUGGGCCAGGCCAGGGCCUGCCCUCCUGUCCAGCUUCCUGGCUCCUCACCCUCUGGGCCCCUUAAGGCCAUGACCCCCAUCAGGCAUCCCUCUGUGCUUUGGGAUGUCGCUGGCACUGAAUAAAUACAUGUGGAGUGGAAAAAUGAAUGACCACCGGACACCCACUCUGACUUGAGUGUGUGGGAAACCAUGAAAACGUGUCAAGCUUCUUGCGUUGAGUGAUUUGUUAAAGGGAACUUGUUCCACCACCACCUUUGUUCUUUUCUCUUUAUGGCAUCUGCCAUAGAAACAGCCUUUCAUUAGAACCACUGUGUUUCUCAGAUUUGGUUAAAAAGCAUCGGCAGGUGGAGUGAUGAACUGGCAAAUUGAGAGACUUGAAUUUCCAGGCUUCAUCUAGAUAGUCUUCCUGCGGAGUUUUGAAAAUUCACUUCGUUUUCAGUGUCCUCAUGCCUGCAUCUGAGAAACGGAGAUGCUAGUGUGUGGCACCAACCACCACAGAGGUGCAUGGUGGUGAGUGCUGGGCCAGGAUUAGCAAAUAGCUCCGAAUGUCUCAGGCACAAAGCGGUACUUAAAUAGCCACUCCAGGAUUAGGAUAACUGUUCUGAGCCCUUCUCUCGACUCUGUUAGUUUGUAACGUGGCCACUGGGGGCUUGUCCCUAGCCUUUGAAUAAAUGGGAUGGCUUCAGAGCCAGCAGUGGCUGGGGCAGCCUGAAGGUGUUGUUGAAAGAUUUUUGCUUUGCUUGUUUGCAUCUAAUUUUAUUUCUUUACCAAUAAAGAUGCUUUCUCUUCAGGGGCAUUAUUAUGACUGUGACCUGGGCGGAGCCUGUCUACAGGGUCCCCUGGGUUCUCUCAGGGCUCAGGGGCAGCAGGCAGGGCUGCCUGUAGAGGCCCCUCCAGCCCUGCCUCCUACAGGGAGCACCCCCUCUGAGAUGUUCCUAAUUCCUGGCCCCUGGCAAGACGCGAACUCCUCCUCUUCUUUCAGUGUCUGUGGUGGUUUCUCUGAAAAGCACUUAAGAGCCUGGAAGGGGAGAUGGGCUGUGCCUCGACCACAAAUGCCGCCAAAAGGAACCUGCAACAAGAGGCCGAUGCUGCUACCAGCUUUCUGAGAGCAGCAAGAUCAGGUAACUUGGACAAAGCUUUGGAUCACCUGCGGAAUGGGGUAGACAUUAACACCUGUAACCAGAAUGGGUUGAAUGGCUUGCAUCUGGCCUCUAAGGAAGGCCAUGUGAAAAUGGUGGUUGAACUUCUGCACAAAGAAAUCAUUCUAGAAACAACAACCAAGAAGGGGAACACGGCCCUGCACAUUGCCGCCCUGGCUGGGCAGGACGAGGUGGUCCGGGAGCUUGUCAACUAUGGCGCCAACGUCAAUGCCCAGUCGCAGAAAGGUUUUACACCCCUGUACAUGGCAGCACAAGAGAACCACUUGGAAGUGGUUAAGUUUUUACUGGAAAAUGGAGCUAACCAGAACGUAGCCACGGAAGACGGGUUCACGCCUCUGGCGGUGGCCCUGCAGCAGGGCCACGAAAACGUCGUCGCGCACCUCAUCAACUACGGCACCAAGGGAAAGGUGCGCCUCCCGGCCCUGCACAUCGCGGCCCGCAACGACGACACGCGCACGGCUGCGGUGCUGCUGCAGAAUGACCCCAACCCGGACGUGCUUUCCAAGACGGGAUUCACGCCCCUGCACAUUGCGGCCCACUACGAGAACCUCAACGUGGCCCAGUUACUCCUCAACAGGGGAGCCAGCGUCAAUUUCACGCCACAGAAUGGCAUCACGCCGCUGCACAUCGCCUCCCGCAGGGGCAACGUGAUCAUGGUGCGGCUGCUGCUGGAUCGGGGAGCCCAGAUAGAAACCAAGACCAAGGACGAAUUGACACCUCUCCACUGUGCAGCUCGAAAUGGGCACGUGCGAAUCUCAGAGAUCCUGCUGGACCACGGGGCACCAAUCCAAGCCAAAACCAAGAACGGCCUGUCCCCAAUUCACAUGGCGGCUCAGGGAGACCACCUCGACUGUGUCCGGCUCCUGUUGCAAUACGACGCAGAGAUAGAUGACAUCACCCUGGACCACCUGACCCCGCUCCACGUGGCUGCCCACUGCGGACACCACAGGGUGGCCAAGGUCCUUCUGGAUAAAGGGGCCAAACCCAACUCCAGAGCCCUGAAUGGCUUUACCCCCUUACACAUCGCCUGCAAAAAGAACCACGUUCGUGUCAUGGAGCUGCUGCUGAAGACGGGAGCCUCGAUUGACGCGGUCACCGAGUCUGGCCUGACACCUCUCCACGUGGCCUCCUUCAUGGGGCACCUUCCCAUCGUGAAGAACCUCCUGCAGCGGGGGGCAUCGCCCAACGUCUCCAACGUGAAAGUGGAGACUCCGCUACAUAUGGCAGCCAGAGCUGGGCACACGGAAGUGGCCAAAUAUUUACUCCAGAACAAAGCCAAAGUCAACGCCAAGGCCAAGGAUGACCAGACCCCACUUCACUGUGCAGCUCGCAUCGGCCACACAAACAUGGUGAAGCUCCUGCUGGAAAACAAUGCCAACCCCAACCUGGCCACCACUGCUGGGCACACGCCCCUGCACAUCGCAGCUCGUGAGGGCCACGUGGAAACAGUCCUGGCCCUUCUGGAAAAGGAAGCAUCCCAGGCCUGCAUGACCAAGAAAGGAUUUACCCCUCUGCACGUGGCGGCCAAGUACGGGAAGGUGCGGGUGGCAGAGCUGCUGCUGGAGCGGGACGCACACCCGAAUGCUGCUGGAAAAAAUGGCCUGACCCCCCUGCACGUGGCCGUCCAUCACAACAACCUGGACAUCGUCAAGCUGCUGCUUCCCCGGGGUGGCUCCCCGCACAGCCCCGCCUGGAAUGGCUACACCCCUUUGCACAUCGCUGCCAAGCAGAACCAGGUGGAGGUGGCCCGCAGUCUGCUGCAGUAUGGGGGCUCAGCAAACGCCGAGUCGGUGCAAGGUGUGACGCCCCUUCACCUGGCCGCCCAGGAGGGCCACGCAGAGAUGGUGGCUCUGCUGCUCUCGAAACAAGCCAAUGGCAACCUGGGGAACAAGAGUGGACUCACUCCUCUCCAUCUGGUAGCACAAGAAGGCCACGUUCCAGUGGCGGACGUGCUGAUCAAACACGGCGUCAUGGUGGAUGCCACCACCCGGAUGGGCUAUACUCCCCUCCAUGUGGCCAGUCACUACGGAAACAUCAAGCUGGUGAAGUUUCUGCUGCAGCACCAGGCAGAUGUAAACGCCAAGACCAAGCUAGGAUACAGCCCCCUGCACCAGGCAGCCCAGCAGGGACACACAGACGUCGUGACUCUGCUUCUGAAAAACGGUGCUUCCCCAAACGAGGUCAGCUCGGAUGGAACCACACCUCUGGCCAUAGCCAAGCGCUUGGGCUACAUUUCUGUCACCGACGUGCUCAAGGUCGUCACGGAUGAAACCAGUUUCGUGUUAGUCAGUGAUAAGCAUCGGAUGAGUUUCCCUGAGACAGUUGAUGAGAUCCUGGAUGUCUCGGAAGAUGAAGGAACUGCUCAUGUAACUAUAAUGGGGGAAGAACUCAUCGGCUCCAAGCCUGAGAGGCCGGAUUCCAGGGAUGUCGAUGAAGAGAAGGAGCUCCUGGAUUUUGUGCCAAAGCUAGACCAAGUGGUGGAAUCUCCAGCCAUCCCCAGGAUUCCCUGUGUCACACCUGAGACGGUGGUGAUCAGGACAGAAGAGCAGGAGCAGGCAUCUAAAGAGUAUGAUGAGGACUCCCUCAUCCCCAGCAGUCCGGCCACCGAGACCUCAGACAACAUCAGCCCGGUGGCCAGCCCGGUGCACACAGGGUUUCUGGUGAGCUUCAUGGUCGACGCCCGGGGUGGUUCCAUGAGAGGAAGUCGCCACAACGGCCUGCGAGUGGUGAUCCCACCACGGACGUGCGCAGCGCCCACCCGCAUCACCUGCCGCCUGGUCAAGCCCCAGAAGCUCAGCACGCCACCCCCACUGGCCGAGGAGGAGGGCCUGGCCAGCAGGAUCAUCGCGCUGGGGCCCACAGGGGCACAGUUCCUGAGCCCUGUAAUCGUGGAGAUCCCGCACUUUGCCUCCCAUGGCCGUGGAGACCGGGAGCUCGUGGUUCUGAGGAGUGAAAACGGCUCCGUGUGGAAGGAGCACAGGAGCCGCUAUGGAGAGAGCUACCUGGAUCAGAUCCUCAACGGGAUGGACGAAGAGCUGGGGAGCCUGGAGGAGCUGGAGAAGAAGAGGGUGUGCCGAAUCAUCACCACCGACUUCCCGCUGUACUUUGUGAUCAUGUCGCGGCUCUGCCAGGACUACGACACCAUCGGUCCUGAAGGGGGCUCCCUGAAGAGCAAGCUGGUGCCCCUGGUACAGGCAACGUUCCCGGAGAAUGCAGUCACCAAGAGAGUGAAGCUGGCUCUGCAGGCCCAGCCUGUCCCAGAUGAGCUUGUCACUAAGCUCCUGGGCAACCAGGCCACAUUCAGCCCCAUUGUCACCGUGGAGCCCCGGCGCCGGAAGUUCCACCGCCCCAUCGGACUUCGGAUCCCGCUACCUCCUUCCUGGACCGACAACCCGAGGGACAGUGGGGAGGGAGACACCACCAGCCUGCGCCUGCUUUGCAGCGUCAUUGGAGGAACAGACCAAGCUCAGUGGGAAGACAUAACAGGAACCACCAAACUUGUAUAUGCCAAUGAGUGCGCCAACUUCACCACCAACGUCUCCGCCAGGUUUUGGCUGUCAGACUGUCCUCGGACCGCUGAGGCUGUGAACUUCGCCACCCUGCUGUACAAAGAGCUCACCGCAGUGCCCUACAUGGCCAAAUUCGUCAUCUUUGCCAAGAUGAAUGACCCCCGAGAGGGGCGCCUGCGCUGCUACUGCAUGACGGAUGAUAAAGUGGACAAGACCCUGGAGCAGCAUGAGAACUUCGUGGAGGUGGCCCGGAGCAGGGACAUAGAGGUGUUGGAAGGAAUGUCCCUCUUUGCAGAACUCUCCGGGAACUUGGUGCCUGUGAAGAAAGCUGCCCAGCAGCGGAGCUUCCACUUCCAGUCAUUUCGGGAGAACCGUCUGGCCAUACCUGUAAAGGUGAGGGACAGCAGUCGAGAGCCGGGAGGGUCCCUGUCAUUUCUGCGCAAGGCGAUGAAGUACGAGGACACCCAGCACAUACUCUGCCAUCUGAACAUCACCAUGCCCCCCUGCAGCAAGGGAAGCGGAGCUGAAGAUAGGAGAAGGACGCCGACACCCCUGGCCCUGCGAUACAGCAUUCUCAGUGAGUCCACACCAGGUCUUCUCAGCGGGACAGACCAGGCAGAGAAGAUGGCUGUUAUCUCAGAGCACCUCGGUCUCAGCUGGGCAGAGUUGGCCCGGGAGCUGCAGUUCAGUGUGGAAGACAUCAACAGGAUCCGAGUGGAAAAUCCCAACUCCCUGUUGGAGCAGAGCGUGGCCUUGCUGAACCUCUGGGUCAUCCGUGAAGGCCAAAACACAGACAUGGAAAAUCUGUGCACAGCCCUGCAGAGCAUCGACCGUGGCGAGAUCGUGAACAUGCUGGAGGGUUCUGGCCGGCAGAGCCGCAACUUGAAGCCAGACAGGCGGCACACGGACCGCGACUACUCGCUGUCACCCUCCCAGAUGAAUGGUUACUCCUCGCUGCAGGACGAGCUGCUGUCCCCUGCCUCCCUGGGCUGUGCGCUUUCCUCUCCGCUACGUGCAGACCAGUACUGGAACGAGGUGGCCGUCCUAGACGCCAUCCCCUUGGCGGCCACGGAGCAUGACACCAUGCUGGAGAUGUCUGACAUGCAGGUGUGGUCCGCGGGCCUCACGCCUUCCCUGGUCACUGCUGAGGACUCCUCUCUGGAGUGCAGCAAGGCCGAGGACUCUGACGCCACAGGUCACGAGUGGAAGUUGGAGGGGGCACUCUCAGAGGAACCGCGGGGCCCCGAGUUGGGCUCUCUGGAACUUGUGGAGGACGACACAGUGGAUUCAGAUGCCACAAAUGGCCUUAUCGAUUUGCUUGAACAGGAGGAAGGUCAGAGGUCAGAAGAGAAGCUGCCAGGUUCUAAGAGGCAGGAUGACGCGACAGGUGCAGGGCAGGACUCAGAGAAUGAAGUGUCUCUUGUUUCAGGCCAUCAGAGGGGGCAAGCCGGAGUCACAUACUCCCCCACCGUGAGUCAGGUGAUGGAGAGGAGUCAGGACAGGCAGCUGUUCCAGGCCCCCACCCCAAGGAGCUCAGGACUGGCCAGACUGCAGGACUGGGAUCCAGACGGCUCCAUUGUCUCAUACCUGCAAGAUGCUGCACAAGGUUCCUGGCGAGAGGAGGUCACGCAAGACCCACACUUAUUCCAGAGAACGAGCACCAUGACCGAAGAGCUAGAGCCCAGUGGAUCUCAGGAGUCCGAGAGCGUCCUGGUGUCUGUAAGCGAGCACACGCGGACAGAACAGCCCGAGGCUGAGAGCUCCCAGGCCGAUAGGGACCAGAGGCAGCAAGGUCAAGGAGAGCAGGUGCAGGAGGCCAGGAACACCUUCACCCAGGUGGUGCAGGGGAAUGAGUUUCAGAAUAUUCCAGGGGAGCAAGUGACAGAGGAGCAGUUCACGGAUGAGCAGGGCAACAUUGUCACCAAGAAGAUCAUUCGCAAGGUGGUUCGGCAGAUAGACUCGUCCAGCGCCGACGCUGCCCAGGAGCACGAGGAGGUGACUGUCACGGGGCCCCUGGAGGAUCCCAGUGAGCUGGAGGUCGAUAUUGAUUCCUUUAUGAAACAUGCCAAGGUGGAGCUGAGAGGGAGUGGCCUACAACCGGACCUGAUAGAGGGCAGGAAAGGGGCGCAGAUAGUGAAGCGGGCCAGCCUGAAAAGGGGGAAACAGUGACCCCGAGCCGCUCUCCUUGGAGUAGCCUCUCGGGAGGAUCACACCUCGACACCCAACCCCUGAACCCCACACACUCUGCCAUGCACACAGGAGGAGAGCUGGACCUGAGGGCCACCGCAGCGGUGCACACGUUCCUCUGGGCUGACGGCAUGACCUCUGUAAGGGACUCCCGCUAGUCCCCUCUUCGCAUGAAUGACUGACUGUAGACGCAUGACCUCCAGGCUUCAAUCCUGCCUCUUGCAAUGACAGCUGAUCUGUCGGAACCAGGACACAAAAGGAGCAAGAAGCGGGGAGAGAGAGGGAUAGAAAACAGGCGCGAGAGAGCGUGUGAACGCAAAAGUGAAUGAGGGCUUUUUGUGGCUGGGGAUGGGUUUUGGUUUUUGGGGUUUUUUUUUAGUUGUUUUGACUUCGUACAGGGUACUUUUUCCCGACCUCAUCUGUCAGAAAUCCAUGUGGGCUUCCUGGAAAGAAAAGAAAGAAAGAAAACUAGGCAUGUAAUCAGUUUAGCCACCUUAAUCUUAAGCCAUGUCCUCAUCUGCCCACCCUCCCCAAUCCAACCUACACACCUCCAUUCCACUUGUGAUACCCCCUCCACUCCCUGGUGACGCUCCUGCCAGAUCGCUCUACAUGACAUUCAGGACACACACACACACACACACACACCACUCGCCUCCACUGAAUCUACACACAGAUUUUACUGUGACUUCUGAAGCUGUAUAGACUCUGCUGUGGAUAAACUGGAAUUUUUUAUGUUGUCUCUCUCUCUCUCUCUCUGCCAAUUUCAGUACAAGUCAUCUUCCAACGGAAAAUCAUUACCUUGAGAGUGCAUUCGGGGUUCCUUGUGUUAGGGACUUAAGAAUCUGAGGCGAGGACUCCCAGGCUUACCUGUAGGGCUCAAAGGGAGCCAGGACCCCAUCUGAAAGGGUCUCCUCUCUCAGUCGGGGGACGGGCGGGUGGCUGACCCAGGAUUGCACCAGCAUGUCCAUAGAGAAGAGAUUUUCUAUAUCUUCAAGCACUAUAUCAUAGUCCGUGUUCAAAGUGUAAACUGUACAGUAAUCAGCCUUGUGUAUAUGAAAAACAAUAAAUACUAUGCAAACCAA